AUGACAUCUGAUGAUACGUUGCAGUCCUUACGUUUACGCGGAAAUCAGCUAAUACCAUUGCCGUUAACACUCACCCUUCUAUCUAAACUGUCUGAUCUACAAGUCCAAUAUAAUCCUAUGAAAGAUUUAGACACGAACAUCCUUAUGAAUGUUUCAUCAAAUCUUAAGAAACUAUCUUUUGGUUCAAUCAAUAUGACAAAAUGGCCAACAUCUGUAAUGGGUUUGAACAAACUGGUGGAAUUGAGUGUAUACAAUGUUUCUAUGGAUUCCUUCCCUGUAAACGCAUUUGAAGGAUUAGAAGAUUCGCUAAUGUUUUUGCAGAUCGAAUCUACAAACAUCAGUAGACUUCCAGUGUCAAUAAACAAACUAUCAAAGGUAGGUGAUUUUUCAAACUUGGCAUUAUUGAUUACGUUAGAAUUGUCAUUUUACCCUAUAUCCAUGGUGGAAUUAGAGGCAUUUGCCACAACGCAGUCAUUACAGGUGCUACAUCUAAGGUAUACAAAACUGAGAACAGUUCCUGAAGCAAUUAAGAAAAUAAGGCUGUAUUCGAUAGACCUGACGGGAAGUAAUGUUAUAUGUACAUGUGUAGGUUUUGGAUGGAUGAAACAGUGGCCAACUAGAAAAAGUACGUUUAUCAGCGGAAAAUGUACUAAUCUUAAUAUACCUAUUUAUGAAUUCCAAAUGAAAUAUAUUCCGAAAUGUUAA